AUGGAGAAUGACGAACUGAAUGACUUGCGGCUUCAGUUCCAAGCGCUACAAAAACAGCAGGAGAAAAGAAAACUUGAUAGAAAAAAGGAGAAAUACGUCAAUGUCAGUGUUACCCAAGAUGAUUUGGAUCUGUUUAAGCAAGGUAGUCAGGAAGACGAUGUCGAACCCAGACUGUUACAGAAUGAAAAUCAAAAUAUGCUGGACCAGCUGAGGGAGCUUAAGGACGAAAAUGGUCGGCUUUUCAAACUUCUCAGUGAGAAGGAUUUUGAAAUUAAACACCUGAAGAAGAGAAGAGAAGAAGAACGACUGGUUUUAGCAGGUACAUCAGGUUUGGCAGGGGAUGUCGCAGCCACCAAGAUUGUAGAGCUAUCUAAGAGGAACAGAGAGCUAACUGCUGAAAUUGAGCGAGAAAAGAUUAAAUCCAAGCAAAACAGCAACAGAAACAAAGAGCUUGAGAAAGAGCUGCAAGCAGCUUUGGUGCACUCUCCACCUGGGCAAAAGGUUGAUACAAAGUCACAGGAUAAGAGGUCAUCCGAAGACUGUGAGCAGGAAAAUCCAGUGGUGAAAUCUCUGCAGGAAAAAUUAGCUGCGGCACAGCUGAAAGUGACGGAGUAUCGCAACCAGGUUCAGUCUGUCAAACAGGAGUUGAAAGUAGCUCAGAAGGUUUUGAUCAGUGAGGUUGGAGAGGAGGUCAACUUCCAGCAAUUACUAAGCUGUCCCGGGAGCUUUAGAGGUCGCUCUCAGCAGAUAUUGGCUCUUCAGACAAGGGUGCGUGACCUUGAACAGCAGCUGAACCAGUCAACUCAGCGAAGACAGCCAAGUGUCCUUAGUGCAGAGGAAGAGUUUCUGGGCGUGGGGGUCCUUCAGAAAACCCCUCCUCAAGAGAGGAACUUCAGCUACAUCCGCACCAUCGAGAAGGAGAAGAGGGAGGCGUUCGAGAGGAUCUCAGUGGACUAUGAGGCCCUCCUGAAAGACCACGAGGACGUAAAGAAGAAGUUGGAAGCCUCUAAAGCCAGGAACAAAUCCCUGUCUGCUGAAAUUAAGUCUCUGAAGACCCACAUCUCCACUCUCCUCGAGAAGGGUAAACAUGACGAUGAGCUUGUGGAUGCUCUGCUGAAGCAGCAGUCUCAGAUGCAGGAGGUGCUGAGAAGGCUCAGCCAACAGCAGAAUGUGCAGGAGACCAGGAGGAGCCCGAGACAACAGCUGAGCAGUGAGCCCUCAGAGCACAAUGCUCUUAUCCAGAGACUUGCUGAGAGAGACGCCAGGAUCAAAAAACUGGAGGAGGACAUCCAGCAGCUCUCUGUCAAGGAAGAGGAUGUGGAAAGACAGUCCAGCCUCAAGACAACAAUUUGCAGUUCAGUAUGUCCCCCUGAAGAGGGAGACAUUAACAACAGAAUAACUAUCUCAGGAUUAGUUUCCAAAUUUGGACAUAAACUGGUGUUGCCCGCUGUAGGAAGUAGUAUAGAAUUCAAGGGUCCAAGUUCUUCAAGAUGUCCACAAUGUUCAGCUGAUGUGAGCGCACUGAUGACCCAGUGUGACGAAUAUAAAAACAUUUGUGUGGAGAAGAACCGACUCCUUGAGCUGGUUAACGCCUUACAGACAAAAGAAAAAGAGAUGACCCAGAGGUUUUUGGAGGUGAAACAGAAGUACCAGGAGGAGCACUGCAGGACGGUGAUCCUGGAGCAGCAGCUGGAGAAGACAAAGUUGGACUCCAAGUAAGGACUCUGCAAGCAGCAAGGAUAGAACUGGUAUGCCAAGCUGGAGGAAACAGAGGCGCUGAGGGCAUCGCUAAAGUGCACUCUCCACCAUGACCUGCAGCUCUGCAGUGACGUGAUGAGACAAGCCAAGCAUGUUUUCCUGCAGGCUCUGUGACAGCCCAGACUAGACACUAACCAGGGGAACUGGCUGGUCCCUGCUCAACCUCACGUCCAGCUGAGCCCUACCUUCUCCUGUCACAUGUGACAAACAGCAGCCUUCAGGAAACAGGCUCUCCUCUUCAGCCACACAAACAUCACAAGGAUCUCCAUUUUAAUCAUCAGAGGACAGUUUGUGUUGGUUCCUUUGUGCGUUCGGUGGCCUCCGUUGAAGCACUUGAGUAGCAGAGGUUUUACCCUGAUGGCAUCAGACACAUGUUCCUACUGCUUACUGAAAUGUUUGAUGCUGAUUUUGUCUGCUUGCUAUUUUAUAAAUGCCACUGUCAUAUUUUAUUAAAUUUAUCUUCCACUGUUAAUGUUAAGUGCACUUCAGGUAUAGAGAGCAUCUGCUUUUAAAGGUCCAAUAUUAUACUCAUUUUCAGGUUAAUACUUUUAUUUUUGGUUUCCACCAGAACAUAUUUCUAUGCUUAAACGUUCAAAAAAUCCCAUUAUUUUUCUCACUCUGUCUCACUCAAUAUACCUGUAUUCAUCCUCUGUCUGAAACUCUCCGUUUUAGCGCCUGUCUCUUUGUAACCACCCUUCCUGAGAAAGCCAGCCCUGGUCAGCAUUUCUGGGUCUUUCACAUCUGGGCACUCUGUGUCUCUGCACCAUUAUUGCAGUCGGGGAAAUUACUGUAAUGGCACUAUAAUGGCAUUUUCUAUCCUUAUAAGGAGAUCUAUCUUUUCACUGGAUUUGCAUUGCUAAACAACAGCUUGAGUCCAUGUUUACUUCCUGUCAGCUGAUGUCAUUUACAUACACUGCAAAACAUUCCAACAGGAAAAAAAGGCCCAUUUAUAAUGUUUAUGCUACAAGUUUCAAAAAGUUCAUAGACUGAAUCACCGUGAUGUCACGCUAACAGUAAAAGUCACCUCCUGGAAGAAAACUGGCUACUGUUUUGACUUGCAGAGAUAUGUUAAUUUGGCAAACUUGUUUAUUUCUGUUGUCAUUUUCAGUCAUAACUGUAAGAUAUAAACAUAUAGAGUUAAACACAGCAGUCUGACCUGAUGUUUCUCUUGUGCUUAUUUUAUAAAUUGUGUUGCUUUACUACCAUCAUUUAUCAACCAAAUCUACUGGCUCAGAAGCUGAGCAUUGUACUGCUGUGGAUGGAGUCGCAGCAAAACAUAAUUUAGCAACCUAAAAAAAAAUUGAAUAUUUCCUCUGUUUUACCUUACACAAUAGUUAUCAAGGCACUGUAGAGAAGCAACUGCCUUUUUGUAGCGUAAAAUGACUGCUUUCAUACUGUAUAUGAUUUUAUAAACUAAGCAACAGUUUUCUGCUCUGAAGUUAUUGUUGAAAAACAUUGUGAUUCCUUCUAUAGGAUAUUUGUGACAUCAUAACUUCACAAAAGUCCUGACGGCUAGUUUAAAGACACAGUUUCUUAUUUCAGACUGUGUAGAUUUCUUUGUGGAUUAAUCAUUUGAAAACUUUCACAGUUUUUAUAUAGCUCCUUUACCUGCUUUAUAUGAAAAAAGAAAUAGAAAUAUGAUUUUUUACAAUACGGGACCUUUAAAGUAUUUUUGUAAGCAAAUGAGACAUCCAAUUCAAUCAAUGAAAGGGGAACCGAAAAUUUACCAAAUGUUUGAAUAUAUUGUUUACAUGCAUAGCUAUGACCUUCAUAGACAUUUUUUUGGCUUUAGAGGGUUGUACGUAAAUGUGUGACAGGCCAAGCCAAAUAGUAAAAACCCCAGUUAAAGUUCCCCAAAACGUCAAUAUCCCUUUUAAAUAUUACCACUAAUCAUUCAUGACUUAAAACCAGCUGUGUGGGAAUAGCGGUUGUAAAUGAAUCUGGGCUCAAGCUGCACAAACUCCCACUGUAGUCCUCAGCACACUCCCCAGAGCAUGUCACACGUAUGUGAUCCUAGCUUCUUAAUCCAAAAUUUGUGUGGAUGUGCGUAGCCUGGUGGGAGUGCCCUUUCAUACUAACAUUCAUACUAACAUCCGAGUUAUUUUCUUCCGAUGCGGCCAAAAGGAUUUCAGCAGAAACCCCCUCCUUCUCCUCCUCCUUCUCCUCUCCCUCCACAUCACGCUUAAUUUAAAACCAUGGCUGAGUUAGUGUGCUGCUUCAAAUACCGCACUAUUUCUUCCAGGACCCUGUGGGAGAUUGGCAGGUCCCCAUUGGACUGAGCGAGAAAGUGCCACAAGACAAAAAUAUCAGAGUUUGGACGUGAUGAAGAAAGCCUUUAUGCUCAGAGUAACAAAAAACAGCUUGUGUUGAAUACCUCCUGGAUAGAAGGUGAGGCGCCCUUUAAUGUAGUCGAGCGGGAUGUGUCACUGGAUGAGAUACCAUGAGCUUUACGACUACAUGCCCUGCAGGACUGCCAGAUUUGUAUCAAAUGUAGCAAUGUGCGUCAGAAAGGGUGUUGAUGGAGCAAAUACUUGUCAUGGUCCCUAACUGCAUCUGAUUCCAGGCAAAAUGUUUAGCUUAAUAAAUUUUUGUUUGGUUGUUUUUUAAAUUUGCCAUAACACAACUUCAUAUAAAAAUGUGUUUGUGAGCAUGUGGAAUACUUUCCCAAACGUGUAAUCUGAAGCUUUUAUUUUGUAGUAGUUGAUAGGAAUAAGGCCAAUAUUACCAGCUAUUGGAUUUCAAAUCAAGCUUGUUUAAUACUUAUUUUACUGUAUAAUUUCAGCUAAAAACCAGUGUUGUCAUAGAUUAAUGUGACUACUCUUGUUGACUUCAGUCAUUUAAGAGUGUCAUCACUUCCAAAUAAAUUACUCUUCACGAAA